CAAUCUUUAUACCUUCUUAAGAUAGGGCUAAGGCUGGCGUACAUAUCACCCACUUGUGGAGUCUUCUUUCAACUGCAGCAUGUUUUUCACAUCCUUCCCAGAAGACACCAAAAUUCAGAGUGAGAAACAGUGGGUUUGGUGAAAAGAAAAAGAAAAGAAUAGUAGUUGUGGGUGGAGUUCAUUUACAAUUCAAAAGUUGCAAGAUUUUUUUGGACGAACAUCACCAGAGAUGGUGGAAUUCUUUUAAGUAAAAUUAUUUAACCUCCAAAAAGCUUACUGUAUUUUGUUAAAGUGAAAGUCAGAUGUGUUAUUAUGAAAGUUUUGUUCGAAAAUAAAGCAACAUAAGCCACCAUGACAAGUAGACUAAAAAUGGAAACAAAAACUGAAUUGAAACAUUCCUAUUCCUUUUGGGAAUCAAAAAAUCCCAAUCUGCCGGUCUCUGUAGGAUAUUCAAAACCCUAAUCCUAUAAUAUUAUGGAUUGCAAUAAAACUAUAAAAAGGACUCCUCCCUCUUUCAACUUAGUCAAUUCAUACUCUAGCAACUCUAGAAAACAUGCGUGCCGCCUUGGACACUGAUGUGAUUGUUAGAUGUACACAAUCGCGCUGUGGUGGCACGCGUCUAAAAGCAAAUUUGUGCAAAUUUGAUGACAAUCAUAUCGUACAUUGCACUACUGGUUUUCCAAUUAUGGUUGAUUUGAUUGUAAAGCGUUCAUCAGGCGGCUCAACUUGUACAAAUUAUAUCUAUGAUCAUAGAGCUGUACAAAACUUUUGGAUUCCUUACGAUUGUCUCCUAUUAGAUGAUGAUGCAUCCAACAUUAUAGCAAAAAUAAUAUUUUUAAUGAAUGUUCCCAUCUCUUUAGAAUUGAACAAGCAAAGUAUAAGUUAUAGUGAUAAUAAGACCACCACUACAACAUUGACAAACAAGGACACGUUGAUUUCCAAGAUACUGAAUUUUGCUAGGACCAUGAAGGAUUUUCCAUCUAAUGAACUUUGGUACAUGAGUUUGGUGAUUACAAAGGUUACUUAUGUACCCCACGUGGAUUUCAUUAAGAUGUAUGACAUGGUAGGAGAGUAUUAUAAUUUGAAUACAUGGAAAAGAACUCAAGAAGUGUUGGAUUCACGUAUUGCUGCGUUUGAACUACUACAGAAGAAAAUUGGAAUGAAGAAGAUGAGAUUUCAAGCUAGUGAAUUUGAGGAUUCUAAUUUAUUAGAUACAUGUUCUAUUUGUCAAGAUGAAUUCUUACAUGGUCGUAUAGUUUCUUGUAUUAAGGAUUGUUCUCAUGUCUACCAUGAUAUUUGCAUUUUGGAGUGGCUUUUGAGGAAUCGAACUUGUCCUUAUUGUCGAUCCAAGUUGGCAUAGAAAGUCUAAUCAUACGUUAAUUUUUGUUAUGCAAUUUUGUUUCAUCCUUACAGAUGUAUUUGCUUUACAUAAAAGUUUUUUUUUUAUAUGUUUUAUUUUAAACGAAGCUCUAUUGGAAAUAAUCUCCCUACCUUCUUAAGGUAGGAAUAAGACCACGUCACAUCACCCUAUCCAAACUCCACUUAUGGAAUUGAACGAAAGCUUACCCCCAGCCAAGGUAGGGAGUUGCUUCCGUAGAAAAGCAAGAAAAUGCGCUCGAGCAGAAGGACUCACGCUCAGUGAUUUAGAAAGACUGAAGAGUAGUCACAGCUGGCAGCGAUCCCAGUCCUACCUGGCGUGAGCCAUAAGAGAAGAAAUUUGUGUGUUGCUGUUCAUUUAAUCAACCAUAUAUAGAUUCUAUAAAAUGAAACUAUUUUACCAACCAAACCUAAGUAUUUUACUAAUCUCUAUAUAAACCUGACUCUUGGAGUCUUGUUUCAACUGCAACAAGUUUUUCACAUCCUUCCCAAGAGACACAAAAAGUCAAAGUGGGUUGGUGAAAAAGAAAGAAAGAAAAAAAGAGGCAUAGUACUAAUUGUGGAGUACAUUUAACAAUUCAAAAGUUUCAAGAUAUUUUAGGACGAACACCACCAGAGAUAGUGGAACUCUUAUAAAGUUUAUGUAAAAUUAUUUAACCCCAAAAAGAUUUGAGAAAAAUAGAACAAUAGACAUGUGUAAUGGAAAGCUACAAUCUACCAUUUUAAAAAAAAAAAAAAAAG